CAACACAAUAAACCUCCACCCUGAGCUAUAGCCGUACGACAUCGUGACAACAUUAACAACUGCCGUUCUCAUCGCACAUCGCUCUCCGUAAGCUGGAAUGUGCGUGGAAGAAACCAUGCGAAAAGUCCUGCUAUUGGUGUUGAUUUCUCUAAUGCUCCUGGGCGUACCACUCCCAGCAGAAGGACAGAAGCCCACAAAAGGAAAAAGAAAUGCCUCAGAUACCCUUAAUCCCAGAACCUUCAAAGGGAGGAGGACUGAGCCGAACUCUACGGAGCUGAAUCUGACCGCUCUCCUGCCGGGGCUGGAGGUGACGGAGCACGUGACCGAAUUCACGCGUGGGGUCAUCAGCACACACCUGAUCCCCGCGGCCUACAUCAUCGCCAUCAUCAUCGGGAUCCCCGCCAACGGCAUCAUCCUGUGGACCGUGAGUGCCAAAACCAAGGCCUUCUCCACGGCCGUCCUGUACUGCAGCCUGGCGGUGUCGGACCUGCUCUUCCUCCUCACCCUCGUCUUCAAGGUGCACUACCACCUCAACGGCAACGACUGGGUGUUCGGGGAGGCCGCCUGCCGUGUGGUGACCGCCUGUUUCUACGGCAACGCAUACUGCUCCAUCCACACGCUGAUGUGCAUCGCGAUCAAGCGCUACAUGGCCAUUGUGCACCCCUUCACCUAUAAGAGCCUUCCCAAGCACCCCUGCACCAUCUGCUGCAGCCUGGCAGUGUGGGCCAUCUUCAUCAUCGCCAUGGUGCCCGAGCUGCUGAUUAAACAGACCUACUCCCUCCUCCAGCCGAAGGUCACAACCUGCCACGAUGUCCUCCCCCUGGACAACCCAUCACACUCCUUCCUGAUCAACUACAAGAUGGCGCUGACGUUUCUGGGGUUCGCCCCGGCCUUUCUGGUCACCGUGUUCACCUACGGCUCGAUCCUCCGCGAGCUAGGCAGGUCGGACUCGGAUUGGCUGCACUACAUCAAGGCCAGCACCCUGGUGUUGGUCAUUUUCAGCGUCUGCUUCAUGCCGAGCAGCGUCAUCCACUUCGCUCACUACGUUCAGCUCUACAGCAGUGGUCAGGACCACUUCUACAUGUACUACAGCCUGGCCGUCUGUCUCUGCGGCCUACACAGCUGUCUGGACCCCUUCCUGUUUGCUCUCAUGUCCAAGACCACCAGGUCAAAGAGGACCUUCAUGAGCUACAGGGGGAAACAUAUCAGCAUUUCCACGUGAAUUUUAAACUUUCUGCAAGACAACUGCUGGACAGUGUCUCACAGGAAGGCCAGUACAAAAUGACAAAAUGGCAGACAUUGGUUGCCACUGGAAACAAUGAAAGGUGGUUCUCUACGAGCUCAGGGACUUCAUUGGAACACACUUUGACCUUGCUGUUACAAUGCACAUAUUACAAGACUUAGCAUCAUUUUUACUGUGAAAAACUACCUUUUCCACAACGCACCAUAGUGCAGAGUCAUCGAGGGGUCACUGGUACUUUCAUGUUGGAACAAAAACGUCUGAAAUUCCAGUCUUGUAGCAACACACUCUCAGUUCAAUUGUGAUAUGUAGCCUUGUAAUAAUUUAUGUCUGCCACAAAACUAUGGAGGUAUGUGUAUAUACAGAGUAAACGACUGUUACUUCAUCCAUAUAUUCUGUUCUUUCUGUGAUCAGAUCAAGCUGUGAGCUAUGGGUGGAGUUUCUCCUAGAACAUAUUUAUGUGGCAUUAGCGAUAUAUCAAUAUGAAUACACUGGGGAAUAUAAAGAGCUUGUGUCUAAAUCUAUUCCACAUGGCCCAGCCAGUUUUCAAUGUGCCAUAUAAUGAGAGAAAGAUUUAUUUACCCUGGAUAAGAUAUCAGGUUGUGCUGUGUGGCAGCUAAAAUGUGUACUGUAUGUGAAAACGUAAAUGGUAAAUGGUUGGCAUUUAUUUAGCGCCUUUAUCCAAAGCGCUGUACAAUUGAUGCUUCUCAUUCACCCAUUCAUACACACACUCACACACCAACGGCGAUUGGCUGCCGUGCAAGGCGCCGAUCAGCUCGUCAGGAGCAUUUGGGGGUUAGGUGUCUUGCUCAGGGACACUUCGACACAGCCCGGGCGGGGGAUUGAACCGGCAACCCUCCGACUGCCAGAUGACUGCUCUUACUGCCUGAGCCAUGUCGCCCCGUGAUCAGAUAGCUGGUUUGGCACUAAUAACACAAGACUAGCAAUGAACGGGAGGGUGUUUAUAUCAGAUUCAUUCCUGGGGCCUCACCUCACAGAUGAGUGCUUUGGCGUGCUGCAGCACGUCGUGGUAGUGUUUGGCUGUGCGGGGACACACUCCCUGUAGUUUCGCCGUGGGCAGCAGCAGCGCACACAGAGUCUUCUCUGGGUCUCCUGUGCUGAGCGCCUCGUUGAUCUCCGCUAUCGCCAGGAUUCCUGAGGACAAACAUUCAGCCGCUAAAGCUAAUUGACCACCUUAAUACAUAUGAGCCGCUAAAGCUAAAUCAACACCUUAAACAUCUCACUGUUUAAAAACAGGCUAUGUCUAUCAAAGAAGGUUUAGGCCUUUAACUCUUUUCUAUUUGGUGACCUUUUCUUGUUCUAAAAAUAAGUCAAUUUCAUAAGAAACAGCAGAGAAUGCUUGUGCAGGGUUUAUAUUGGGAAAGUUUUCCGCUUGCUGUGAAUCUGUAUGAAAGUGUAAUAAAGCACAUGGAGUGUAUUCUGCUCUAAAAGGCAUAUAUAACUGUGAUUAGAUGAUAAUCAGGCAUGCAAUCUCACCAUCAAUCUCAAGUGACUCUGACAUACCGAACCAGAAGGUCACAGUGUUAUUUUUUCUGUAGUGCCAUAGCACAGCCCAUGACUGUCUGUUAGGGGUGAACUAUUUAUAACAAAAAUAUUAAUAUUGUAAUAUGGUUGUGUGUAGCAGAUUGAGAUUAAUUUCCUCCAUUUAGCCAACAUUCAAAUUUAUUCAGAAUGAGUGCCAAAGAACUGAUGUGUCUCAAAGGAAAGUGUCUGAAGACCAUGAUGCUAAGGAUAUGCUAACCCUAUCAAUUUAUUCAGGCAAUAAUGAGUCAAAAUUUGGGCAACAGAACUUAGGCAACAUAUUAGGCGUUGGUAAAGCCUAUGACAAAGAAACAUGUAAAUAAGAACUGAAUUUUGUUUUGUCCGUAAAGUUUAAUAAAAUAAGGUUUAUUUGGAAAUUA